GGGGGCUGAAAAGGGUGAAAGCGGCAGAGACCCAAGCCCCUGGCAAGAAGAACGGGACAGGUUUUCAAGAAUGGGAACUUCCUACUUACUAAUUAAUUCAGUGUGGUGGAUGUGGAUAUCUGAGGUCCAGCCCAAAGCCAAGCAGUUCUGGGUAAUCAGAGCUAAAAUGUGAGUCAAGGAGGAACAGCUGUUUGGCUGGAGAGAAGAUUGUGUAUAGAGAGUGGGGUUUCUGUGCUAUACUGGAGCUGAAAAAAAAUAUAAGGGGAACACUAAGCAUCCUGAAAUCCAGAAAAUGGAACCAUUGACAUUAAGGGAUGUGGUCAUUGAUUUUUCAGAAGAGGAAUGGAAAUGCCUGGACCCUUCUCAGCAGACUUUAUAUGGAGAUGUGAUGUUAGAGAUCUGUAGACACCUACUCUUUAUUGGUAUGACUUCUAAUCCAAACCAAGAAUUUUCAGAAGAACAAGAAAUAAAAUAUUUUUUGCAAAACUUUAUAAAGAGCAGAAAACACUCAUGUGAUCAUUUAACAGAGAUUUACAGUGAUAAAAGUGAAAAAGUUUUUAAUCCAUGCCCAAAAUUUAUUUAUCCAAGCUUUCAUAAUCAAGAGACAAAUUACAGAUAUAAGGUAUUUGAAAGCAUUUUUCAUACAACUAUAAGAAUUCCUGAACUCCAGAGAAUAAAUUUUGGUGGGAAGCCCUACAAGUUUAAAAAAUAUGUAAAAGCAUUUAAAGCUUCCUCAAUUGUUUAUCAGAGCAGUAAUAAAUCUUCCAUAAGUAAAGAAUGUGAAAAAUAUUUUACUCAAAUUCCAUCCAUUACUAAAAACCAUAGGUUUUACAAUGGAGAUAUACCCUACAAAUUGAAAAAAUGUGAAAAUGUCAUUAAGUGUUGCUCAAAUCUUUUUAAACCCUACAGUAAUCAUACUGGAGAGAACAUCUGGAAAUGUAAAGAAAGUGACAAAGCUUUUAAUAAAAAAUCACACCUUACUGAACACCAGAAAAUUUAUACUGGAGAAAAGCCAUACAAAUGUACAGAAUGUGGCAAAGCUUUUAAUCGAAAAUCACAACUUACUGAACACCAGAGAAUUCAUACUGGAGAAAUGCCAUACAAAUGUAAAGAAUGUGGCAAAGCUUUUAAUCGAAAAUCAUGCCUUACUCAACACCGGAGAAUUCAUACUGGUGAAAAGCCUUACAAAUGCAGAGAAUGUGGCAAAGCUUUUACUUAUAGACAAAGCCUUACUCACCACCAGAGAAUUCAUACUGGAGAAAAGCCAUACAAAUGUAAAGAAUGUGGCAAGGCUUUUAAUUCAAAAUAUCACCUUAGUGAACACCAGAGAAUCCAUACUGGAGAAAAACCAUACAAAUGUAAAGAAUGUGGGAAGGCUUUUAAUCAUAAAUCACAAAUUUAUCAUCACCAGAGAAUUCAUACUGGAGAAAAGCCUUAUAAAUGUAGAGAAUGUGGCAAAGCUUUCAAUCAAACAUCAAACCUUACUAAACACCAGAGAAUUCAUACUGGAGAAAAGCCAUACAAAUGUAAAGAAUGUGGCAAAGCUUUUAAUUCAAAAUUUCACCUUACUGAACACCAGAGAAUCCAUACUGGAGAAAAGCCAUACAAAUGUAAAGAAUGUGGCAAAGCUUUCAAUUGCAAAUCACCCUGUACUCGACACCAGAAACUUCAUACUGGAGAAAUGCCAUACAAAUGUAUAGAAUGUGGCAAAGCUUUUAAUCGAAAAUCACAAUUUACUCAACACCAGAGAAUUCAUAGUGGAGAAAUUUCAUACAAAUGUAAAGAAUGUGGCAAGGCAUUUAAUCGAAAAUCUUGCCUUACUCAACACCAGAGAAUCCAUACUGGAGAAAAUUCAUACAGAUGUAAGGAAUGUGGCAAAGCUUUUAAUAAAAAAUCACUUCUUACUCAACACCAGAGACUUUGUACUGUAGAAAAGCCAUACAAAUGUAAAGAAUGUGGCAAAGCUUUCAAUGAAAAUUCAUUCCUUACUCAACACCAGAGAAUCCAUACUGGAGAAAUUUCAUACAGAUGUAAGGAAUGUGGCAAAGCUUUUAAUAAAAAAUCACUUCUUACUCAACACCAGAGACGUUGUACUGUAGAAAAGCCAUACAAAUGUAAAGAAUGUGGCAAAGCUUUCAAUGAAAAUUCAUGCCUUACUAAACACCAGAAAAUUCAUACUGGAGAAAAGCCAUACAAAUGUAAAGAAUGUGGCAAAGCUUUUAAUUAUAGAGAAAGCCUUAGUCGACACCAGAGAAUUCAUACUGGAGAAAAGCCAUAUAAAUGUAGAGAAUGUGGCAAAGCUUUUAAUCAAACAUCAAACCUUACUAAACACCAGAGAAUUCAUACUGGAGAAAAGCCAUACAAAUGUAAAGAAUGUGGCAAAGCUUUCAAUUGCAAAUCACAUUGUACUCGACACCAGAAACUUCAUACUGGAGAAAUGCCAUACAAAUGUAUAGAAUGUGGCAAAGCUUUUAAUCGAAAAUCACAACUUACUCAACACCAGAGAAUUCAUACUGGAGAAAUGCCAUACAAAUGUAAAGAAUGUGGCAAGGCUUUUAAUCAAAAAUCAUGCCUUACUCAACACCAGAGAAUCCAUACUGGAGAAAAGUCAUACAGAUGUUAAGAAUGUGGCAAAGCUUUUAAUAAAAAAAUCACUUCUUACUCGACACCAGAGACUUUGUACUGUAGAAAAGCCAUACAAAUGUAAAGAAUGUGGCAAAGCUUUCAAGGAAAAUUCAUGCCUUACUAAACAGCAGAAAAUUCAUACUGGAGAAAAGCCAUACAAAUGUAAAGAAUGUGGCAAAGCUUUUAAUUAUAGAGAAAGCCUUAAUCAACACCAGAGAAUUCAUACUGGAGAAAAGCCAUACAAAUGUUAAGAAUGUGGCAAAGCUUUUACUCAAAAAUCACAUCUUACUGUACAUCAGAGAAUUCAUACUGGACAAGAGACAUAAAAAUGUAAAGAAUGUGGCAAAGCUUUUAAGUAGAGAUUAUACCUUACUCAACACCAGAGAAUUCAUACUGGGGAGAUACCAUACCAAUAUUAAUAAUGUUGCAAAGGUUCUCAUUGAAAGUCACUCCUUAGUCAACACCAGAGACUUCAUAUAGGAGAAAAACCAUAUAAAUGAAAAGAAUGUGGCAAAGCUUUUAACCAAAGAUCAUACAUUAUUUGACACCAGAGAAUUAAUACUUGGGAAGAGCCAUACUAUUGUAAAGAAUAGGAUGUAAAAGUCAUUUGUUGUAAGAUCACACCUCAUUGGUCGCCAGAAACAUCAUACUGGAAAGAAAAGUUACAAUUACCCAGAGAUAGCUCUGCAGUGCUCACUCUAUGAAACCCCAACCCUUGCCCAACUAGCCAUUACACAGGAGCCCAUAGAAGUGGGCAGGAAGCAUGGUUGGAUCCUUGGCCCUCUUUCCUUCUGUGGACCUCUCCAUGUUCACUUGUCCUUUCAUCAGUUUCUCUGUUUUAAUUGAUUAAAUUCAAAUGAUCUUUUUUUUUUCCCAAAGCUAUCUCUGGACUUAAAGGCCUCGUUUGUAUCAAACUGACACAUUAAUAAAACUAUCUUAUGCCUGAAGUCUAUGAUCACAUCAAUGUUUUUCCCAUAAACUCAGAUGGACAGCAUGUUCCUUUGUCAAUGUUUUACUUAUUUAUUUUAU